AUGCUCUGUGCUAAUGUAGGAGCUGUGGUGAGAGUGACUUGCAUGGGUUACGAUGAAAAUGGCUAUGAGCUGGCUCCUUACACCGUCUUAUGCGACCCAACCGAUAAAAAUGGCUACUUGUUCGCGACAUUGGCCCAUUCGGAAAUGGACCGUCUUGGAAAGCUUUCGGAGUGCAAGGCGUUCGUUGAUGCCUCUCCAUCUGAGACUUGUGACAUUCCCACCAACGUCAACAAUGGAAUGAGUGGAGCGCUUCUCAGUUCCUCCCGCCUUCUCACCGACAAGAAGAUGAAGCUAUGCAUUGUAGGGCCGUUUGUUUAUACAUCUGGACCGCACACCAUCGGUGAAGGUUAUUAG